CAACAUCAUGUGAUUGUGGAAGAACCAAUUCCAUUUCGCUCAAGAUCAACUCAACACAACCUCCCGACAAGCUACACUAAAGUAAAGCUUAGAGAGAACUGACAAACCCAAUUGCCGAGCCUUUGAUCGUGCAUGCCAUGAUAUCGGCUUUCGUGCCUAUAAAUCCAUAAUGACACCUGCAGUGACACAAACCAUUCUGACUGUGCGGAUAGCUCGCCCACACGGAUAUGGAUAUGUUCUGCUCUCACGAGGAUUCUCUGCCCUAAACCGGCCACCGCCCAACUACCCAGGCCAUAUCCCACUAACAACUUUUGAGCGCGGGGCUCUUGCUGUCGGAUCUGCAAUCGGGUCUCUGCUAAACCCCAGACGAGGAGACCUAAUCGCAGCUCUGGGCGAAGCUACCGCGACCCCUUACUUCAUCUACCGUCUCCGUGACGCCAUGCUGUCCGACCCCACAGGCCGUCGCAUCCUCCGCGACCGCCCCCGCAUAAGCUCCAAAACCCUCUCCAUCGAAUACCUCCGCAGCCUUCCCCCCAACACCGUCGGGCGAACGUACGUGGGCUGGUUAGAUAGAGAAGGCGUCGGCCCUGAUACGCGCGCACCGGUACAAUAUAUCGACGACGAAGAGUGCGCAUACGUCAUGCAACGAUAUCGCGAGUGCCACGACUUCUAUCACGCCAUCACUGGCCUACCGGUCGUGGUUGAGGGCGAAGUUGCGCUGAAAACGUUUGAGUUUGCGAAUACGCUUCUGCCCAUGACGGGGCUGAGUAUGUUUGCUGUGAUGAGAUUGAAGCCUGCGGAGCGGGAGCGGUUUUGGAAAUUGCAUUUACCCUGGGCGAUUAGGAGUGGGUUGGCGAGUAAGGAGGUCAUCAAUGUUUAUUGGGAGGAGCAGUUGGAGAGGGAUGCUAAUGAGUUGAGGGAGGAGUUGGGGAUUGAGAAGCCAGCAGAUCUGAGAGAGAUACGGAAGAUGAUGCGGAGGCAGAAGGCGGCUGAGGAGGCCGCGAAAGCAAAGGAUGGCCAGUGAUCACUUUGGUUGAUCUCUUGUAAUAUAUAUACUAACUGUGUACAGCAGGAUGCAUUGCGGGGGAGUUUUGGGCGUUGAAAUUAGACUAUUUUCUUUUUCGUUGGGAUAUUUCGGCCAUCAUGUAUAAUUGCCAUACCAUCUACUCCAUUUCAAAUAUAUAUUCUCCAGUUUCUGGAGGUUAUUUCAGUUUCAUUCACAAGCCGUUUGUUUAGCUUUUCAUAGUAACUCAGUUUAUAUCAUAAACAGAGGAGGGGAUAUCAAAUAUAGUUCCUGUCCACGCAAAAGUAUAUCCCAGCUACCUCCCCUCAAACCCCUCCGUAUAAGAAAAGGUCAUAUCAU